GGCCACGGGAGCGGGCUUGGCCUCUUCGGAGCCGCCCCCUGGCCCCCGCGUCUGGCCACACGCUCGCUGCCCACUCCGCGCCGCCCGGGGCUCCAGACUCUUUGCAGCCCACACGGCGCGUGCGGCGGGCAGCCGAGCCGGGACGCCGGCUCCAGCGCCCCGCAGCGGAUGCGCGGGCGGAAGCCCACAGCAUGGAUUCAGAUUCUGGAGAGCAGAGCGAGGGCGAGCCGGUGACUGCUGCAGGUCCUAAUGUGUUCAGUUCAAAGAGUCUUGCCCUUCAAGCCCAGAAGAAGAUCCUGAGCAAGAUAGCCAGCAAAACUGUGGCCAACAUGUUGAUUGACGACACCAGCAGUGAGAUCUUUGAUGAGCUGUACAAAGUCACGGAAGAACACACACAUAGCAAGAAGGAGGCCCACAAGAUCAUGAAAGAUUUGAUCAAGGUGGCAAUCAAAAUCGGUAUCCUCUACCGGAACAAGCAGUUCAGCCCAGAGGAGGUUAUAGUGGUGGAGAAACUCCGGAAGAAGCUGAACCAGACCGCCAUGACCAUGGUCAGCUUCUACGAAGUCGAGUACACCUUUGACACAAAUGUGCUCUCUAAGCUUCUGCAUGAGUGCAAGGACCUGGUACAUGAACUGGUUCGGCGACACUUGACACCCAGAACCCACGGACGCAUAAACCACGUCUUCAACUACUUCGCUGAUGUGGAAUUCCUUUCCACUCUCUAUGGCCCUCAUGGGGGCUGCAGGCCCAAUCUCAAGAGGAUCUGUGAAGGAAUCAACAAGUUGUUAGAUGACAAGAUCCUCUGAAAAGCUUCUCUUCCAGACUUUGCUGCUUCGAAGUUCGACUCUCCAGCCUUGUCCAGUAGUAAUCAAGCAGCAACCCUCAUUCAAGGCCUUCCUGUUCUGUCUUCAUCCUUCUGAUGCCAAUUCUAACCCAGACUUAGGUGUGUUUGCUCCCUGUGCACAGACACGAGGUCUCAAGUCUAAAGAACUGUCAACUGUUGUAAGCAGGGAGGCUGCUUCGCUCACCACUCUAAGCUCGGUUUAUCUCAAAGUGGAAGGUAUCCUGGAUUAGGAUACAGAAGGCGUGGACCUGGAUAUCAGCUCUGCCGCUGUCACUAGAUCCUCUGUGUUCUGGGACCAUGACGCUUCCUGACUUUCUCACACGGCUGUAGUGAGGAUGGAACAGGAUAACUCACAUUCACAGUUUUGUCAAAAGGAGACCAGCAUAUAACAAUAGAUGUGACACAAGUAUCCAUAACCAAUGGGUUUGUUUGUUAUCUGUUGUCACGGCAUAUUCAAUAAUCACAGUACCAGAGAAGCUGGGGUGUGAGAAUGAUGAUUUGGGGUUGAGGGGUAAUAGUCUGGACUGUAGAGUGAGGUUGAAACAAACCUGGCCUGUACAGAAAACUGAGGAAAUGAAGAAAGAAAGAAAGAAAGAAAGAAAGAAAGAAAGAAAGAAAGAAAGAAAGAAAGAAAGAAAGAAAGAAAGAGGAGGGAAAAGAAGAAAUGGAAGAAAAUAAAGAGUUCCUUCCCUCCCUUAAGAGAAAUGAGUCAAGGUGGUGGCGUUCUCCUUCUGCACGUGGAGUAGGGCCACCUGCUCGAGGCUGCACUAUUUUCUGGUUCUCUCCGGUUUCGUCUCCAGCCACAUCUGUCCACAGCCUGCACUGGCUCUCCUUCUCACUUGUCCCCUCCUUUCAUUUCAUCUUACACAGGAAAGUUUUAGUUUGGAUGAAGAGUUUUUAAUUCCCCUUAAUGAGAUGAUAAAUUCUGUUCUGUAGGGUGUGGGGGCUCUGCCCUUAAACUUUAUUUAUAACUGAUCUGUAAUGAUUUUAAGCAUCUGUUGUGGUAUAAAGCUUCAGUAGAUGUACAUAUUGUAUUAUCAAAUCGGUGUAAUUAGCAUAUCUAUCACAAAUAUUUAUUUUUUUCUGGUAGGGAUAUUUAGAAUCUCCACUCCAGCUAUUUAGUAAUAUGUAGCAAAUUAUUAUUAGCUAUAACUACCCUAUUAUGAAACAGAACAGUAUAAUUUUCCUGUGUAAUUGUAACUAUUAACCCCUGCCCAUCCCUUUUCUUCUCCACUUAUCACUCUGUAAUUACUGAUGUUCUACCUUUUAUCUCAUAGAUAUCAAUUUUUGAAAUAUUUUGUGUUUGUGAAUUACAGUGUUUGUUCAAUGUCUGUCUUAUUUCAGUUAACAUAAAGUUUUGUCAUUUCAUCCAUAUUGCUGCAAAUGUCAGAAUUUUUUUUUACAAUAAAAAAAAAAACCAUUCCAUUCUGUUCAAAUGUCACUCUUCUGUUGCUCAUCUGUUGAUGGGUACUUUGAGUCUGUGUCUUGGCUAUUGCAAACAUUGCUGUAAUAAACAAGGGAGUUCCUGUACCUGUUCCAAUGUGAUUAUUUCAUUUAUUUUGCAUGUAUAGCCAGUAAUGUAGCUCCUGGGUUAGGUGGUAGUUUCAUCCUCUACUUCAUAAGGAACGUCCAUUCUGUUUUCUUCAGUGGCUGUCUUGCUUUGUAUCUGCAGCAACACUAUAUAAAAUUUCCAUUUCCUUCACACUCCUAUCAAUAGGUGUCAUCCUUUGUCUUUUUGAUACUAUCAUUGUAUCUUCAAAGAAGAAAAAGCUCACUGUGAUUUUGAUGUGUAUUUUCCUCAUAAUUAAUGGUUUUAAUCACUUUUACGAAUAUUUUGGCUAUCAGUAUGCCUCUUUUUGAAAAUUUUCUCUUUUGUCUUUUCUCUUUUAAAACUUGGAUAGUGUUUUAACUUGCUAUUGUGCUCUUUGAUUAUGUUAAUAGUAAUAUGUUAUUAGAUCAAUGAACAGAGCUCUCUGUGCUAUGGACGGCAGAGCCAGAGAAGUAGAGCUGCCCAGGCCAAGAUCUGAGUCAACUCCAGAUGUAGGGCUCUGAGCUACAGUAUUUAAUUUCCACUGUUAAAACUGGUUUUGCUUUGAUUUUGUUGUGACUGUGCCUGAUUCUUCACUCUUGGAAUAAGAAAUAUGUACCUCAUUUGUGAUUUUAAAGGAGCCCAAACUUUGGGAUUUUAAAGAGGCUUUGGGUACUUUAAAGAGACUGAACUUUUAAACACUGUGGGACUUCAAAAGUUAUACCAUGUCUUAUUUCGACAUUGAUAUUACCCUGAGACCUUGGGAUAAACAAAAAAGGAAAGCUUAUGGAUUGUUAAUAGUGUUCUAGUAUGUCAAUGUUUACUAUGAGAAGGGGUUCGUUGCCUUGGAUGAAUAGUUGUCAACUUGACAGAAGCUAGACUUUUCCAGGAAGAGGAAUAUCUAUUGGAAAAAUGCACAUACCAGGUUGUAGACAAAUCUCUAGGGCAUCUUCUUGAUCAAUAAUUGAUGUGAAAGGUCUAGUUCACUGGAAAUGGUGCACUCUGGGUGGACAUUCCAAGGUUGUAUAAGGAAUCACACUGAGCAAGCCAUGGGGACUAAGCAGCAUUCAUCCAUGGCCUGGACUUUAGUUCCUGCCUCCAGGCUCCUACUCUGAGUUUGUGCACUUCAUUCCCUUCAUAAAAGACAUUAGUCUGUGAGGAGAAACACUUCCCUUCUCCAGUUGCUUUCGGUCAAGAUGUUUUAUCACAACAGUAGGAAGCAAACCAAGAAAUGGGAGAUGGAGUCCUUUGAGUAUAUCCUGAGCAUAACUUGAAAUAUGGGGUGGAGAUGCCUCCAGCCAUCCUUUUAUUGGUUAGGAUUCUGGCUGUCAUGGGUAUUUCGUAUUUUCAUGUAACAUGGAAGGCUUUUUUCUAUAGAGAAUUGCAUUUGGAUUUCGGUAGGAAUUGCAUUAAAUCCAUAGAUUGCCUUUUGUAGGAUGGCUGUUUUUAUAGUAUUAAUCCUGCCAAUCCAUGAGCAUGGGAGCUCUUUCCAUCUCCUGGUAUAAUUGUCAAUGUUUUUGUUUUUUGUUUUUUUUUCAGUGUCUUAAAGUUUUUACUACACGAGUCUUUUACUUCCUUAGUUAUAUUUAUUUCAUGACUUUUAAAGGCUGUUGUAAACGUAAUUGUUCUGUUGGCUCGUUUCCUGGUAUGUUGUCAUCUGUCUAUUUUUUAGUGUUAUAGUUGAAUCUUCUGCUUUUCUUAAUGUGUUGAUCAGGUGUGGGAUAUUUCUUGUGCACUCUUUAGGGUCUUUUAUGUAGAAAAUCAUAUUAUCUGCAAAUAAGGAUACUUUGCCUCUGUCUUUGUGCCCUCUUUACUGCCUUCACUUGUCUUAUUGAACUAGGUAAGACGUCCAGCACUUUAUUAAAUAGGGGGAAGAGGGUCCAUGCUUGGUUUGUUCCCAAUUUUAAAGGAAAUGCUUUGAGCUUCUCCUUGGUCCCCUUCUUCUUCCUCCCUUCGUAAUUCUUCAGUAACACUAAGAUUAAACAAAAUUAAGUCGAGCCUAUGAACUUUGACUUAAUUUGUUUUUCGGCUUAGCUGUAAUUUGCAGAGAAAGUUGAGAACAGCAAGAUCACCUACUGCAAGUUAGUUUAAAUAAACCUCAGAACACCACGAAUUUUAAGGUACCUGCAAAAACAGGUACCAACUGCAAAAACAGAGACCUGAGGUUAGAAUCACUUUAAAAGAACACAUUAGAAAAGGUCCCAAGGACUUGAAGUGCUGACCAGCUGGGAAGGAACUUUGCUUUUUUCUACUGCUGGAGUCUUUGGUUGCCCAGAGGAAACUCUGUGGAACUAAGAGUAAAUCUGUGAGCACAGGCAUCGAUGCCAACCGACUGGUGCUGGAGACACUCAAAGGCCAUGGUAAAGCUGGUCCAUAAAUAUUAGAACAAAUACAAACUAGCUUCAGCUGCUGCCGCUGCUGCCGUGUUGCUAUGGUGAUAGGGGAGCAAACAACAGAAGUGGAAUAUUUCCUCCCACAACUCCCUAACUGCACACCCCCUAACCUCAGAGACCAACAGGAAACCUGGCAAUGCAGACACAGGACUCAGAGUUCCAGCCCCAAUAUCACAACAGAUACUGAAGAGUGGCUUUGGAACUCAAAACUAAUGAAUUGAGUGACGUAGGUACCCAGGUAUAUAGAGUCACUUAAUGUAAUUAAUAAAUGAAAGAUGGUGGAUCUAACUAACAUAAAUAAACUUAAAAGUUGAGCUACA